GUGAGAGAAUCAAAUCAAAACUGGUUGGAAAAUGACGACAACCUACGGCACAAUCCCGACAUCAGACAAUGGACUGGAAGCAAGAUUAGGCUUCCUCGCCAUGCGGCGGCCAUGGAAGGAGAUGGUAAUCUCCUUCUCCACCCCGGGCACCCUCGCCAUGGCGCUCUCGCGGCUCAAAGGAAACGUCGCCUAUUUCUACACCAACUACGCCAUCCUCGUCCUCGUGGUGGUCUUCCUCAGCCUGCUAUGGCGCCCGGCGUCUCUCAUCGUCUUCAUCAUCAUGAUGGCCGCGUGGCUCUACCUCUACUUCCUGCGCGACGUGCCGCUGGUGAUCAAGGGCUACGCCGUGGACGAGCGCGUCGUCCUCGUCGUGCUAUCCAUCUUCACGACGCUCUUGCUGCUCACCACAGCCGCCGCGAAUAUGAUGACGGCCCUGGCGGUCGGGACCGCAGCCGUGGCGGCGCACGGGGUGUUUAGUGGUGCUGAUAAUUCUGCGCCAAUAGACCAGGAGGAUGGCAGGGGCAAGGUGAAUUUGUUAGAGACUGCUUCUUCUGGCUUUUCUUCUGGUUGAUUGUAAUGGUAAUGUAAUCAUAUGAUUUGUUGCUGACACUAA